GAUGUAUCGAUGCAGUCGCAGCGGAUUUUAGGUUGGAUAACCCUUUUCAAUUAGUUCGCGAUGAGUUUUUGACGUUAUUUGAAAGGAAAUUGUCUUCGCGUGUAAAAUGGCAGUGUCCUUUCUUGGAAGAGGAGUCGCUCUGACGCGACGGAAUUUCCUAAAAAUUCCGAAGCGACACGGAUAUAUAGUCCUACUUCCAGAAAUAGGCGAAGAAUCGUCGGAAAAAAAUCCUUUAUUGAAGGAUGACCAUCUACCAGAAUUUAACACAAUCACAAUUGAAAAGUGUACAGCAGCUAUUGGAAAACAAACCGUGGAAUUUGAAGAGAAGAUGAAAAGUUUGGAGAAAGUUGUAGAUACGACAAACGAUUUAGAUGUAUUCAGUGAUUGGUUACAUCCAAUCGAGGAAGCAUAUCUCCCUCUAGAGACCACUUGGGGCAUAGCAAAGACUUUGUACUUUGGCAAUCAGAGUUUGAUGCCGACAAAAUGUUACGUGGGUAUUCACGAACGUGCCAUGAGGGCCGUGGCUAGCAAAUUUGGCAGUGCGCCACUCUUUAAAGCAUGCAAGGAAGCGCUGGACAAUAAGAAUAUCAGACUGACACAUUCGCAGAGGAGAGUACUUACAAAGUAUGUGCUGGAGGGGACUUUGAAUGGCCUGGAGCUGCAGGAUAAAGAAUUCGAGAAGUAUACAGACGACUUGAACUAUAUCUUGUCGAAAAUCAAAGAGUACAAGCCAAAAUACGAGAGUGCUACAGCCGUGUAUAAUAUGACAAUACAUAACAAACACGUUGUGGAGGAUUUUCCAGAGGACUACCUCAAGUCUAUCGCGAUGAAUCCUAGGGAACCUUACACAGGUCCUUGGAUGAUCACUUUGAAGCCAUAUAUCCUGCAACCGUUUAUGGAGUACUGCCCUGAUCGUGAAUUAAGGGCGUCGAUUUGGGAUGCUGAUGUCACCCGGUGUUCUAAUUAUCAGGAAAGGUCUGUUCAAGCUAGCGUGACGUUAGAGGAACUCCGAUCAAGAAGAAUCGAGCAGGCGCAACGCUUGGGAUUCAAAAAUUACGCAGAGAUGAGCAUGGAGACAAAGAUGGCCGGCAAUCUGGAGAAUCUGCACAACACAAUAGAAACUCUUCUGAAUACUGCGUUUCCUGCUCAGGAACAAGAAGUCGCAAAUUUAACCGAGUUUGCAAGAGAGAGAGAUUUCAAUGAUACUCUAAGGGUAUGGGAUAUUGCAUAUUGGGGUAGAAAACAACGUCGCAGUAUGUACAACUGCGACGAAAACAAAUGGAGAGAGUAUUUCCCGCUACCGACCGUUCUAUCGGGCCUCUUCGAGCACAUCGAGACGCUCUUCAACGUGAAAAUCGUUGAAAGCAAGAAAGCGGAUAUCUGGCAUAAGGACGUACGGUUCUUUGACAUAUUCGACUUGAACGGAUCUAGCGCGGCGCCCAUUGCGAAUUUUUACCUAGAUCCCUACGCCAGAGGAAGGGAGAAGUUCCGCAAGGAAGAGGACUCCGGAUGGGUAUCCAUAAUUAAGAGCAAGAGCAAAAUCGGCAAUAGCACUCCGUUAAUCGCCCUGAUCUUCAACUUUCCGCCACCGAUAGGCGACAAACCUUCCCUGCUCUCCUUCAGGGACGUGCAGGUUCUCUUUCAAAAGUUUGGACACGCUUUGCAACAUUUGCUAACUACGGUCGAGUAUUCUGACAUUGCCGGAUUGUCGUUUGUGGAAUGGGACGCGGUAUUCAUUUGCGAUUUCUUCAUGGAGAACUGGUUGUACGAAACAUUCAUGUUGCAAAAAAUUUCCGAACAUUACGAAACAAAGCAGCCAUUACCUGCGGAAGCUAUCGAGAGCAUUAAAAGAAUGAGGUCGCACUUGGCCGGUUAUAAACUUUGCAAAGAACUUUACUUGUCACAUUUAGAUCUGGAGCUGCAUUCCAGUGAAAUGUUUUGGGUGCCUAUGAUGAAACGCUUGUGGCCAAAAUAUUUCGUAUUGCCUCUCGAAAAAAGGGACGUUCAUGUUUGCAACUUUGAAGCUAUAUGGAGCGGUAAUUGGGCGGCCGCGUAUUUCAGCAAAGUUUGGUCCGAGAUGAUUGCUGCCGACUUAUACACAGCUUUCCAAGAGGUCAAGUCCGACGAGUUGCAGCAGAAGGAGUUGGGUGCGAGAUUCCGUAACACAUUUUUGUCCUUGGGCGGCAGUUAUCCUGCCGCUGAAGUAUUUAGGAAAUUCAGGGGAAGGGAUCCGAGCCCGCAGGCGUUACUGGACAAUCUCGGGUUAACGCGAGCGACGAAGGAAAUCAAGUGAUGCGAUUACAUGAUUAGAUAGAAUACUACUCUUCAAGAGUGCGCAAAAAUAACGAUGAAUCCUGUAUAGUAAUAGAUAAUUGUUACCUGGAUCUAUACAUAACAUAGAUCCAGGAAUUAAUUGAAUUGUGAAGUGGUCAAAUUAAGCAAUAAAUUAUUACUUGUGUAAAAUA